GACCUCAUCAUCAACCAAGGACUUGAGAAAACGGGCUUGAAAGCAAACCAGGAAGGAGCACUGAGAACUGAUCAUGGACGGCUCACGCUCGAUAACCUCUGUAUUACCUGUCGAGACCCUUGAGCUCGUCUUCAAUCACCUCGAACGUCGUGAACUCAUCCCAGUCCUUGGCACUAGCUCCGUGUUCCACGAUACCGCAUCUCGUGCGGUCUACCGUAACGUAUCAGAGACGUCGUCAGUCAGAGCCUUGCAGCUCAUUAAGACUCUUGCCUCUAACGACACCUAUUCUCGACACGUCCGUUCUAUCGAUCUCGACUUCGCUAACAACCUCAUCACCGCCAAUAUCCUCCGCCUCUUAAAUCGCGCGCUCCAGCGACUCAAAUCGCUCACGACACUUAUUCUCGACUUCUCUCAAACAGACAACGCCGCUGAUGUCGCAUGGAUAUUCCAGGGGUGUUCCUUCUCGCUCACGGCUUUCACCUCGUCCAUGCGGUGUGACCGCUCGCUGGCGAGGUUCCUGGCUAUGCAGCCGAAUAUAACAGAACUCUGUCUGAGAGGGUUUAACCAGGAAUAUAACUUCGUGCUGGAUCCUAAGGCGCUCCCGAAGUUGGAGCAUUUUAGGACCGUGCUGUCGUACCCCAGUAUUAUCGGGGAGGUCCUGAAAGGCAGACCCGUGGAGAGUGUUUCCAUGUCGCUUUACCCUGGGGACGUCUGUUCAUCCCUUGAUACACUGCUACUAUCAACUACAGCGAUAAAGAGGCUCACUGUCAUGAGUUUCGAAAGCGACCCCCCCGUCACACUCCUUCCCCUCAUCGCAGACCGGCUACCUCAUCUUGAGGCUUUCCAUCUCGUCGUUCUCAUGACGCACUACACCCAGGAAAUUCUACUCGAGAUCGGCUCGAGUCUCGCACAGUUCAAGGCCCUGAAAUACAUCACGUUCAUGGCUCCAGGUAUACCUGCUUCUUUCAACAAUGAAAAGAGCAUCGCGGAAGCAUGGAGCAAAGCGUGCCCAACCCUACAGACCAUCAUCCUUCCCAAGGGGCUGGUAUGGUUCCAAAGGGACGAGAAUUGGGCAUGUUUGAAAGAUAGCGAGGAAUAAAGUAUUCCUAAGCUUCACAGAACGACUGAACCAUCACGCUCUCGCAUUAGCUGGGUACCGGUGUCGGAAUUACUUGAAGGGUAAAGAAGGGCUCGUCAGGGUCGUCCCACGGGGAUGAUCGGAGAGCGCACCGGUGCAGAUCAUCCGCCCCAAGACCCUUUCACUUCAUAUGAUUGUUUGUUGGCAACGGUUCUUUCAACAAGUUUCAAGUUGCGACGUUCGGAGGGUUGGGCGGGGAGCCUUUUUUUUAGAUAUCCCAAUGGGUGAUGUACUGACAAAAAUGCAAUUUUGAAGACAGCUCUCCUUACCAAUACUGCAC